GAUGUGACGGGUAUUAUUUCCGGUGGUCUCAAAGCGGAGUGUCGACAUCUGCGCUUUCUGAGAUCUCGCUGUCAACGGUUCGUGGAUGAUGGCGGUCCGUCCGGGUCCGUGCGGGUCCCUGCUUAUCUAUCUGACCUUGCUGGUCUUUGCGGUCCCCCCCCUGACAGCCUGGGACGCGGAUCUGGAGCUUCUGGACCUGGUGGAGGAGAUCCCGCAGAACUUCUACCAGUUCAUGUCCCUGGACCAGGACGCUUCGGCAGCGGAGAUAAAGAAGGCGUAUCGGCGACUGUCCCUCUCUCUGCACCCCGACAAGAACAAGGACCCGAACGCUGAGACUCAGUUCAGACAAUUGGUGGCCAUUUAUGAAGUCCUGAAGGACGAGGAGAGGCGGAGCAAGUAUGACGAUAUCCUGGAGAACGGGCUCCCAGAUUGGCGGCAGCCAGUGUUCUACUACAGACGAGUGAGGAAGAUGAGUAACGCUGAGCUGGCCUUCCUCCUCUUCCUCAUCCUCACGGUGGGACACUACGCUGUCAUUUGGUCUAUUUACCUGGAGAAACAGCUGGACGAACUGCUGAGUAAGAAGAAGAAGGAGAAGAAGAAGAAGCUAGGCUCCAGACCUGCAGAGGAGCUCAGGUGUCUUGGCCAGGAGCGAAUGGACAGAGUUCACCAUCGCCCACACUGGCAGGACAUCCUCCCUCUGAAGCUGAGCAUCUGGCUUUACCUGUCCAUCAAGAACCUGCCUCAGACCAUCCAGGAGAUGAAGCAGUACUAUGAGGACUACCAAGAGAUGAAACAGCAGCAGAGAGAAGAAGCUGAAGCUGAACAGGAAGUUGUCAUAAAAGAGAAGAGGCCAAAGGUCAAGAAGCCAAAGGUGGAGUUUCCUGUCUACGAGUUGUCAUCCGAGAACGCGAUGUGCCAGGGUUAUGACCAGUCCACGUCCAUUGAGGAGAUCGAGGAACAAAUGGACGACUGGCUGCAGGACCGCUCCAAGAAGAAGGCUGCAGACUGGACAGAGGACGAGCUCAGCCUCCUUAGCAGGCUGAUGGGUAAAUUCCCUGGAGGAUCUCCGGGUCGCUGGGAGAAGAUUGCUCAUGAACUGGGAAGAUCGGUGACUGAUGUGACCACUAAAGUCAAACAAGUGAAAAACAAUGUGAGCCACACCACAGGUCUGGUGAAGCUGUCGGACCUGAGAGGACCUCUUCUUCCUCUGAAGUCAUUUCCGGUUUCUGACAGUGUGAUGACUCAGAGAGGAGGAGCCAUCUGUGAGGAAGAAGAGGAGGAGGAGGAGGUGGAAGAAGAAGCUCCAGCUGUCAGGAGGAGGAACAGGAAGUCGGCAGACGGGGGGGAAGGGAAAGUCCGAGGCCAUCGGCAGAGAGACUUUGACCCAGCAGUGGAGGAGGAGGAGGUGGAGGCGGAGCCUCAGGAAAACAGAGAGAAAGUAGACCCCACUGUCUGGACUCAAAACCAACAGAAGCUGCUGGAAGUGGCUCUGCAACAGUUCCCCAGGGGCACAUCGGAGCGCUGGGAUCGCAUCGCCAAGGUGGUUCCUGACAAGACCAAGGAGGAGUGUAUGAUUCGUUAUAAGAUGUUAGCGGAACUCGUUCAGAAGAAGAAACAAGCUAAAAGUUGAUGUAAGGUGCUGAGCUGGCCUCCUUCUGCUGUGACCUCUGACCUCAUCACAGGUGGAUCACCUGAGAGCUGAAAGACUCGUGACCCGCCAAGUCACAUGUCCCCCAUGUCCUGCUCCUCCCUUGGGGCGGGCUCCUCUCAGAUGGACUGAUCUUUAGUUUUAUGUGUCCCUUUGCAUCUCACCUUCUCAGGUGUUUUAUAGUCAAUGUGUCAAAGGAAGCUUUGAACCUCCCUGACCUCUGAACUCAUAGCUUCAUGUGCCUUAACCCCAUUCAGCAUGCAGUCAAUCAACGUAUCAAUAAACAGUAUUUAUUAUCUCA